UGUCCUAUUUUUAUGUGAUAGCUAAUUAGAAGAUCUAUGUGACCAUUUCGGACAAGUUCCAGUGACUUUGAUACAAUGACAUAACAAUUUGGUUGAACACAAUAAUGGUAGCAGAGACGUCGAUUUUUUUAACAUAGACAUUUAUAAAGGUUGUAGCCAAAAGUCAUACAUAGUACAAAAAUAAUCCAGUUAGUCGACCAAUAAUCGAACUACCUAUGAAGGGCUGUUAGUGCCACAAAAAGACAGCCCUAUAAGCAGCCAGACCUGCAACAUAAACAAACACACAGACCACAAAAUAGUCAAAAUUGCACAAACAAAAAAAAGCAACUAUGCCUUAAGCUUUCCUUGCUCCCAGCUAGGAUAUGACGGAGACACAUCUAGUGAAUUGAAUUAGAACAUUACACCAAAAGCCCAGGCAAGAAGAAUUUCAAAAGUUUAGUUAUUUUAAACUUUUUCAGCAAAUUCAUUAAAAAUGAAUGUCUAUUAAGUUAUUUGCUAGUAUUUCCAAAAUUUAGUGAACCCAGUAAUUAACAAUCAAGCUUAUUCUCUUUUGUAUUUUCUUUAACUUUUCUUCUCAUGAUCGUACAGUUUUGAUUGGGAGUGUAUUUUUUCUUACUUUUGUAGCUCUAUGGAUUGUGAUGUAUCUGUGGGGUUUUCCCUUUCCUUUUUAUUAAGGCCCUCAUUUUCUAGCUAACAAUGGGAGUAGGCCCUUUUGUGUUUGGAGUAGGUGUUUUUGCCUUAUCAGGACAAUCAUGUCGAGGAAAGAAAAUAAUAGUGUUUGGUGCCUGCCCUCUUUAACCGGUAGUGUGUGUUUACGCAACUCACUUGGUAAGUAUCCGCUGUAUAUAUCGAAUGGAAUUGUCCCUCAUGGACGGUAACUCGUUUCAUCUCAUCCAAAAUAGAAUGGAAUUGCCACAAAUUCAAAAACAAGAAACAACAUCAACAACAACCCAGCUCAGAAUACAACCGAAUCUAUAUAAGAUUGGAAAGUCAAAGUUUGAUUUAGUUCGAUCUCCAUUCAACUCAUUUAUUCCAUUUGCAACAAUCAUAUUGAGACACCAACUGAAAUAAUCGAAAACAAAAUUACAGUAUGUAACGAUACUAUUCUGCCCGCUUUCCAAAUUUUGAUUCAACUCAACUUGUAUGAAUAUAACCUAGUUCACACAGUAAUUCGGUUUUGAUUGUCCAAACAGAACAACAAGUUUGGUAUCUGAUAGGUCCUGCAAAUCUGUCUGGGAGUUCUGCCAUACUCAUAAAAGGAAGGGUAACAAGUAAAAACUCUACCAAACAAACAAAAAAUCAAAGAAGAGGGGAAGAAACAAGGCAGCACCGUAGCAGCCUUCUAGCUAUCACUGCAUAAUGUAGUAGCCAAGCCUAGACUAGGAAACUACUGCCUGUUUAGUUAAUGACUGCAAUGAGAAAUGAAGUUGUAUUCUUUCUAUCAGGCAUCAGCCCAUUUGAGCAGAACAGCAAAGUUCAGUCUCCAACAAAGGCGAUAGCUCAGCUGUCUCUGACAUUUGUAGUCAAGAUCCCAUUCCACAAGCAACCAACAACAAAAAGUUACUGUCUUUCCCCAUAUAGCAGCAUUCCCACCAUAGGAGCUUCAAUUAAUGGCUGCCCCUUCCAGACAUUUAGACAGCACAUAACUGAUAACACUAACAGAACAGAAAAAAGACAACUCAGCGGUAGGAAAACUUAGAAAAUUGUUUGAAAAAAGGUGAUUCUUUAACAAGGCUUCAUCGUUUGUUCAUGGAUGCCAAAUGGGCUGCAUGGAGCAAAGAUGAAAUGAAAGGGAAAAUGAAGCCCAUAACUUGCUUUCAGCACUUAUAUUAUGUACAAUGUUUUGAGAAAACAGACAGAAUAGAAGCCACCCGAAAUAAAAUCAGAUAGACAAGAGAUUUAAGGUACAAGAACAAAAUCGUGUGCGAAAUUGCAAACUGUGGUAAACCCAUAAUGAAAUCGUUACAAAAUGUUGUCGACUUGGUUACUCAGACAGUGUAACUGGUACAUGGGGUAUGUAUGACACAGUAUCACAAACACUACUACUUCUAUAGGAUCCCACAAAAUAGCUUUCCAAUAAACUGAAUAUAGACAACCACUAGCACAAACAAGUGCAUGAGUAAGUUGGAAAGGAAUUAUUCCAGCUAACUUAUAGGUUUUCACUUCAAGCUAUGGAAACACAGCGUGUUUGGUAAAAAGGUUUUAACUCGAAUAAAGUAAACCAAUGGUUAUUCCAAAAGGAAAAGAAGAACAAGAUAAACACCUGAUGAACUGAAAUGCAGUGCAUCAUACAAGUCAAACCUGGAGUUCUCAUGCAAGAACAAGAUAUGGGAUUCCUUUCUAUCAGAAAAGAGCAUCUUACACCCAGCAACACGACACCAUAGUCUGCAUCAAGAAAUGACAGUAACUAUAUCCAAAUUGGCUCUCUGAACAUGUUUCUUGAUUCUAUAGCUCUAUGCUGAAUUACCAAUGGAUUGUUUUCAAAAUCAGUAUCCUAGAAUUGCUCAUGUUGUUGCCAUGGUGGUAUGCUUCCUUUAACAAAAGAGCCUUCCACAUCAGACUGAAAACUAAAACUAUCACUAGAACAAUAUAGCUCUGCGAUCAAAAUCGCUUGCUUUGAGCUACUUAUCUCAUGUUCGAUCUCAUUAACUUGAGGCAUCCAAGGUUUUGGUAGUGUUGUUACCAUCUCCCUCUGCUGGUCCGCCAGCCUCAUUAGUGGAUGCCGUUGAAGGUGGUGGUUCAGAGCAUGCCCUCAAGACAGCCUCAUUCUGCAAGAGCAAUGACAAAGUAAGAACUUAAUGAGGAACAUAAACAAUCGAGGUAGCGAGAGAUUGAGGAAACAUAAUGCAAUUAGUACCAUUGUUACUUGAAGAGAACAACAAACGCUGCAGAAAGAC